AUGUCUCCUGCUAGCAAAUUCCUCGGGCUCUUCAGCCUUGUAGCAACUGCUCAGGCAGCAUGCUCUAACUUCAUAAUAGACGACUUUUCAAGAUCAUCCGUUGGCGGAGUUAACAAGCUCAAUUCGUGGACCAGUGACGACGGUUCCAUGUCAAAGAUCGCCAUCACCAACGGAGCACUCACCUUCACUCCCAAAGCCGAUACCACUUCAUACUUCUACGAGACUCUGGGGUGCGUCAAAGCAACUACCCAGGGCUACAAGGCCCUGUCGCUGUCGAUCACGGGGCCCAAAGACGCUUCCAUGUUGUUGGAAAUCCAGUCAAGAACAUCAUGUAGCGACAACACAUACAAGAGCCAAUGGGUCACCAUCUCGGGCCUCACUGGCUCACAGCAAACGGUUACCAUCUCUCUAUCUUCAUUCACGGAGGCAAACCUUGACGCCAUCACCGGAUUCGUCUGGUCCACAUACUCUCAAUUCUCCUCCAACACCAAUUUCAAGCAGCUCUCAGUCCAGCCCCAUUCUUUCGGGCGCUACAACUCGCACUUCGAUAUCGUCUACAUCCGGAAGUGCACGAGCUGCAAGCACGGUGUCGAGUACUGCCUCCUCCUCUUUCUCGACGUCAGCCAGGCCAUCAGGCGCCUCUCAGAGUGCUACCUCGUCCGCGGCAAACUCCCGGGCCAGCAGUACAUCUUCGGUAGCUUCAAGUGUUCGCUCAUCAUCCCCGUCCAUAUCUUCUGUCAGGAUGUCAGCUACCUCCAGCUCCGCCACUUCCCAGUUGUCACCUGCUUCCCAAGCAGCGAUGACGGUACCAUGAAGAGCAUCGCUGUGAGCGGUAACAGGGUAACAUUAUCACCAAACAACAAGGACUCUUACUUCUACAGCAAGACUGCCUGCACAAAUGCCAAGACGCAGACUUAUGGUGGUAUCUCUCUGCGCAUCAAGGCCACCAAGGGUACGACGUUCCAAGUCCAGAUGGCAUCGCCGGCGAUAUGUGGCGGUGAUGAUACAGUCUUUGGCUUUCAGUCCACGGCUGAUCUCGGAUGGACAUUCGACGGCACCGAAAAGCUGUACAGCUUUCCCUUCUCCAAGUUUCCUACCAUCGACCAGUCCAAGAUAUCCUCCAUUUUGUUCGGCUCACUCUCAGGGGCUGUGACUUUUGGUCCCAUGGCCUUCUACUGCGGAAGCACACCCUCUGAGUAUAUCGUCAAGACUCAGCCGUCCGUUUCUGCUACAGCUUCGACUGUCCCUGCGCCCAGCGCCACAGUUCCGGCCAAGGUCAUCGAUAACUUUGCAAGCCAGAGCCAAAACGCCCUUGGAUUCUGGCAUGGAGGUGAUGUCGACACUGCAGCGAAGUGGACCAAGGGAAAGGUUGUUAUCAAGGCACCAGACGCCGACUACUCUUACUACACGCAAUUCGGAGAUGGCUGCACUGACAUGACCAUGUACGAUGGCUCUUACUUGCACGUUGCAUACUCGGGAAGCAAUAAGUUCACCAUUGCGAUGCAGCAGCAUAACACACAAUGCAGCGAUACUGUAGCACCUUUCCCCGAGACCUGGGAUUCAUUGGAGGCGGCUCGCUAUGCCACUGGCAACGACAUCUACAUUCCCAUUUCCCACUUCAACAUCGUACGCAAGCGUGCUGUUGGCCUGGCUUUCAAAGGCUUCUACACCAAUGAGGCGGUCACUUUGACCAAAGUUGAAAUCGUUUCGUCUGUUCCCGCCAAUACGCUUAUCCCAAACAAGCUGCCCAGCGGUAACCUGGUCUUUGCUUGCAAGCGACCCAAUUCGAUUGCCUUUGCUAUCGAUGAUGGUGACCCAAAGUACGCCCAGGAGGUUAUGGAGGUCAUCAGAUCGGAGAACAUCAAGGUCACCUUCUUUACCGUCGGUGCUCCGUUGAGAGACCCCUCUACGAAUCUGAGCACCAUUUAUCAGGACAUGAUGAAGGAAGGCCACCAAAUGGCCCUUCAUAGCUACACCCACCCUAGAAUGGAGGGGCUCCCCAACAACGACGCUAUCAUGUGGGAGUAUAGCCAGGACAUUGCCGCUGUUAAGGAGCAGUUCGGCAUCACGACCAAGUACUUCCGCCCUCCUUUCGGUAACGAGGGCGCUCGUAUGAGACAGCAGCUGGUUGCGGCGACGCAAAGCAACAGCCCCUACAUUGUGAACUGGAACAUCGAUGUCGAGGAUUGGCUCUACGCCCAGUCCGACACUCCCGAACAGCAGAAGGUGUCUUUCAAGCGCGACCUGGACAAGGGCGGCAGUCUCGUUGUCAUGCACUACUUGUAUCCCAGUACUGUCAGCUAUUUGAGGGACUUCAUCAAGAUGGCCAAGGCCACGGGAAAGCAGCUCAUGCGGGUAGAUCAGUGUAUGGAGGACCCCGAUGCGCCUCCGUUGUAA